UUUCCUUUUCAAUCUUCUCCAUUAUUGAACCCUAAUUCCACUUUUCCUCUUCUUUUUUUUUUUCGAAUUCUAGUUAACCGCUUCAUCUCAUGUUUCAAGCAGCUAGGGUUUCGUUACAUCACUGAAUACUUCCAUUCUUUUCCUUCAUGAUGUUCACAUUAUCUGGAAAGGACUGAUCUUUCUAUCGGAGGUUACUAUUCAUCUCGCCGGUGUAAGAUUUUAUCGAUUCUUGCCGGCCAAUAAGUCGAACCCAGAAGAAGAAGAGAAUGACGAUUACUGAAUUGCAGAUGAACCCUCAAAUGGAGCAGAUCCAUGGCGAGAUUCGUGAUAAUUUUCGGGCACUCGCUAAUGGGUUUCAGAAACUUGAUAAGGUUAAAGAUUUGAAUAGACAGAGCAAACAGCUUGAAGAACUUACAGGAAAGAUGAGGGAGUGUAAGAGAUUAAUCAAAGAGUUUGAUCGUGAAAUUAAAGAAAAUGAGGGCAAUAACCCACCUGAACUUAACAAGCAAUUAAACGAUGAGAAACAAUCGAUGGUUAUUGAGUUAAAUUCAUAUGUGAGCAUGAGGAAAACUUACACGAAUAAUCUUGGAAACAAGAAAAUUGAAUUGUUGGAUAUGGGAGCAGGCUCGAGUGGAAUAGCUGAUGAGGAGAAUAUGAAAAUGGCUUCAACAAUGUCGAAUCAAGAACUUAUAGAUGCUGGUAAGAAGACAAUGGAUGAGACUGAUCAAGCCAUUGAGCGCUCCAAACAGGUUGUUGCACAGACGCUUGAAGUUGGUACACAAACCGCGGUUACCUUGAAGGGUCAGACUGAUCAAAUGGGGAAAAUUGUGAACGAAUUGGAUACAAUUCAGUUCUCAAUCAAGAAAGCUUCUCAACUUGUGAAGGAGAUUGGCAGACAGAUGGCGUGUGAUAAAUGCAUUAUGAUUUUUCUAGUUCUAAUUGUGAUAGGUGUAAUAGCGGUAAUUGUUGUGAAGAUUGUAAACCCUAACAACAAGAACAUAAGGGACAUUCCGGGACUUGCUCCACCUGUUCCGACAGCUAGGAGAUUGUUGUAUCUGGAAUCUCGAGGAAAUUAUUACUGAAAAAAAUCCAAUUUAUGGGGAAUGAACUGAACAGAACAAUUUGGAGUCGGAAUUGUGCAUAAUCACAUUGUUGACUUCCUUCUUCUUCUACGUUUGUAAAUCAUAUUUGAUGUUAAUUUCCACACUUGUUUUGUCGAAGGGGAAGGCUUAAUCUUAAAUGUCUUUACUGAGAUUUGUAUUAUUUAUGUAUAACCUGAUCCUAAUAUUAAUAUAAUUGUAUUCUG